GGGGAGGCUUGGCAGCCGGCACCAGCCGGUGAGACCGCCAGUUGUCCUCCAGCCGCCGUCGCCGCCGCCCGCUACUCGUCAUGUUCUCCAGGCUCGCCGCCCCUCGCCGCCCACACCUCGCCGCCCUCCUCGCCAGGAGCUUCUCCACCACCCAUGCCGCCAACAAGAAAGUUGGAGUGAUGGGUGCCAGUGGGGGCAUCGGUCAGCCACUCUCUCUCCUGUUAAAGAAUUCUCCACUGGUGUCGGAGCUCUCCCUCUAUGAUAUUGUCCACACGCCUGGAGUUGCAGCUGAUCUCUCUCACAUCGAUUCUCCAGCCAAAGUCACGGGCUAUGUAGGACCUGACCAGCUUGCUGCCUCACUGAAAGGGUGUGAAGUGGUGGUGAUCCCUGCUGGAGUGCCCCGCAAGCCUGGCAUGACACGUGAUGACUUGUUCAAUACCAAUGCUUCCAUUGUGGCUAACCUGGCUAAGGCCUGUGCAGAGAACUGCCCCAAGGCUAUGAUUUGUAUCAUCUCUAAUCCUGUAAACAGCACGGUGCCAAUUGCAGCAGAAGUAUAUAAGAAGGCUGGUGUUGAUGCAAGUCGUAUUUUUGGAGUUACUACUCUUGAUAUUGUUCGUGCAAACACCUUUGUUGCAGAGCUCAAGGGCCUGGAUCCCACGACAGUGAAUGUGCCAGUAAUUGGCGGCCAUGCAGGUACCACAAUUAUUCCUCUGAUCUCUCAAGCCACACCUUCAGUAGAGUUCCCCAAUGACCAGCUCAAGGCACUAACUGAAAGGAUUCAGGAUGCAGGCACUGAGGUAGUAAAGGCAAAAGCUGGAGCAGGAUCUGCGACUUUGUCUAUGGCAUAUGCUGGUGCCCGUUUCGCUGUCUCCAUGAUCCGUGCCCUAAAUGGAGAGGCCGGUGUUGUAGAGUGCGCCUUUAUCAGAUCUAAUGUGACAGAAGCUACUUAUUUCUCCACGCCACUUGUUUUGGGUCCCAAUGGAAUGGAGAAAAACCUUGGUAUUGGUAAACUGACACCAUUUGAAGCCAAGCUUGUAGAGAAUGCUAUUACAGAGUUGAAAGCCAGUAUCAAGAAAGGUGAAGAUUUUGUAGCUGCCAUGUAACUUGUAUGUUAUUAACAUUUUUAUUUAAUGUAUUUAUCUUGUCAUGUUCUCCAUUAUAAUUGUACAUUUAAAUUUGAAAUGAAUAUUCGCUAAAUAGCAAGUAUUUUUUACUUCACUGUUU